AUGAAGUGCAAGAAACAUACCUUAGACCUUAGCAGCACCGUCGGCGUCUGCGCUUCCUGUCUCAGGGAACGUCUCAUAGCCCUCAUCGCUGCCCAGGCGCAAGCCCAAGCCCAUCACCCUCAGGCCCAAUUGACGCGAGUCAUCUCACGCGCCUCCGACGAUUGUUCCAGAAUCUCAGACCCCAACCCCCCUCCUCCGUUAAUUUUCCCUCGCUCUGUCUCGCCCUACGUCUCUCGCCGUAAGUCCGACUACGCCGACGCAUGGCACGGCUGCGACGACCGCGACAACCGCCGCGCGCAUCUCUUCUACAGCACUCCGCAGCUCGGACCCACCUUCCUUGCCGGCGAUUCCGCGUACCGCGGCGACGCAAGGUCGUUCAAGAAACGCCUGAACAAGUUCCGCAUAUUCUCCAGGCUCUUCAGGACCAGAUCGGAUAAGUUCCAAUCCGAUCCGUCGUGCGAGCAAUCCUCGUACGCGUCGCCGUCGUGGUUCUCCUCGCUUUUCCCUGCUCGCCGGAGGAAAAAGGAUCGUACCGGCCCGUCGGAGGAUUAUUCCUCCACCGCGCGGCGGCGCUACCGCCCGUCGGAUCGCGGAAUGUCGCCGGUGACGACCGAGGAUUUCGGCGAGGAGGGCGACCAGUCGCCCUCGGGAAGUGGAUACAUGUCGGAGGCUUCGCCGUGGUGGCGGAGGACGCCGACGGUUGCGCCUUCGGCGCGUCGGUCGCGGUUUGGACACACGAAGAGCGCGUCUGGUUCCGGUAUGGCGCUUUGCCUGAGUCCGCUGGUCCGGGCGAGUCCGAACCGGAGGUGGAAUCACAAGGGAUUACCGCCGGAGAUGGCCGCAGCGGCGGAAGUCAGAGCAGGCGCGACGAAGCCUCACCUAUCCGCCGCGGCCUCCUUUUGCGCGAACCGUUCCAGGAAGCUUGCAGAUUUUGGACGAGUCAACCAUAAUCGUUGA